AUGAUGUGGCCGGUGCACUGCGUCCAGGAGACGCACGGCGCCGAGCUCGACAGCACGGUGCGCGCGGCGCUCGACGCAAAAGAGGCGAGCGGCACGCCUGUGCACUAUGUGAAGAAGGGCGAAGAUUCUAAUUUUGACAGUUAUUCGGCUUUUGCUUCGAACGAGUACAUUCUCUUUACGGAACUGACCAGUCUGCUUUUUGGCGCACAGCCCCACGCAAUCAGCACCGUGGUCGUCGUGGGCCUCGCGACGGACUACUGUGUAAUGUCGACCGCUGUCGAUGCGGCCAAGUUUGGGCUGCGCACGCUCGUGCCCAAGGACUGCGUGCGCGGUGUACGGCUGCGAAAUAUUUGA